AGUAUACACAAAUCCAAUGCUCUGAUUAUUGCUGGAAAGAUUGCAGGGUGUAAAAAUCCCCCAAAAUAAGCUGCCAAUGGCAAAAUUAUUCACAUCAUACAUAUAUGUAAUAUUGGGAGCUACGUGCGCCAUGAGCACCAAUGCUUGAUACAGAUUUUGUUGGCGUUGACUGUGGUAUACUCUUUCAUGACUCUUGUUUGCCUUGUUUCAUCCAUAGAGCUAGGUAGGAACACAUUGAUCAGUCGCCACAAUUGGCGAAUGGGUAUUGCCGUAUGCUGAUUUAAUUGUGAAUGCUCAUUUAACCUUGAAAUCUCCUGUUGCGUAAACCAUUUUUUGUGGGCUCUUUCAUUUCAGCACCCGAUAUUGGCCUACUUUUGAGCAUAAAGCAUGUACAUGUAAAGAUAUAGACCUAGUGCUUGGACUCAUCAUAAUGGGAACAGAUUGUGAAUGCAAUGGCACCUUCAAUGCUGCUUGUUUUCCUGAGUGUUUUCUGCUUGAUAGCAGGAGAUGUACAUGCACAACCAGACCCCAAUGUCUGCACCCCCCACACUUCCGAGGGAGAUGGACCAUCCCUCCCCUCUCUUCCUGAGCAGUUUAUGCUAAGGGUCGAAGCCAACAUUCUUGGCUGGAAUAACACAGUUGAGGUAGUGGAAUACUACGAUUAUAUUAAUAAUCGUGGUGCUGUCAAUAAUAUCUACAAUGGGAAUAUCUCACAGACAUUUAUCAACUACGCUACCAGAGAAAUUAUCAGGGUUUAUUCUGGUGAUAGUUGCACCGUUGGAAAUGUGACAGCAAAAGGUUUCAACAUCUUUGGCUUUACGCUGCAGAACGGCACAGCCCAUAUUGCUAGUGCCGCAGAUAUCUUCAGGUUUGGUGCCUCAUACAAUGAGACUUACAUGGGCACCACGUACGUGCGAGGCAUACCUGCCGAUCAUUGGCAAAGUUGUUGGUAUUUUGAGGAAACCAAUGCAACAUCCCUCCUGGAUUACUACUUCACAGUACCUGGCUACAAGACUGCAAAUGGUGACACCCAGGUACCGCUACGAUUGGCCUUGAAUGGAACAGCUUCGAACAAAAGGUUCAUCAAUGGACAUCUUGUUCCUGUAAAUGGCACACACUCUUACAGUCAUGUGUAUGAGUUCUUUGAUGUGCAGUUUCAUCCCAAGUUUGCUGAUCGAACAUUUGAACCUCCGCUUGGGGUAGUGUGUCCAGGCCGUAAAAGUCUGAAGCCAUUACCAAAGCUCCCAGACCACUUCUUCCAAAGUCUUGAGGUUGUGAUACCCCCUCUAAAGCGAGUUUUCUAUGUGUCAGAAGUGUAUGACUACAAAGGCAGGAUGGCUGUGUAUUAUUACAGUUUAAGAAAUAAUGGUACCAGCAUGCGUACACCCUACCGUUCUCUGGAUGAUUUCAAUACAGGAUUGACAUACCGAGUCAACAUGGACACUGGUCAUUGCAACAUCACCCCUAUAUCAUUGUAUUCACCAGAUGCUGAGUCCCCUGACAAUGUGCAUGUCCAGAUUAAGAGUGUCGCCAGUUUCUUUAACUUUGAAGUAGAAGACUGGCAAUACCAAGGAGUGUCUGAGCUGCGUGAUAUGCAGGCCGAAUCCUGGAUUGCAAAAAGGACAGAUUGGAAACCCACUUGGAUCGGAAACAAUUCAUCAUUUCAAACAAACAGCACUUGGGAAUUUUUUUUUACUACGGAUUCUUGGAACACUCAAGGAGGAUUGAACAUGUCAACAUAUAUGCCUACCAUGUCAAAGGUCGAAUGGAAUCUGAAGAUGAAGAAUGGAACAAUGAGGAAUGGGAGCUUCAUUGUUAACUAUUUCCACUAUGACGCAGCUAAUGUGGACCCCUCUCACUUUGAUUUGUCUCCGUGCUUUGACAGCAACAAUGGCAAGGAACUUGCCUUUGACAUUUUGGAGACAGGUAUCUACAACAUGGUCAUAGCAAACAACACCUUUGAGUUUUACCAUGGGGUUGUAAAUAGCCUUGCUACAACUGCGGGGAUAUCACCCUCCAGAAUUGCAAAUGUGCUUGCAGAAGAAAGUAACGACAAAGUAACAACUGUUUUCUUCACCCUACUUGGAGUUCCUGAUGUUAAGGGGAAUGCCGUGGACAUGAUCAAACAGCCAUCACUGACUGAUGCGACGGUUACCUUGGAGAUGACAAUCAACACUGCUCUGGAGGAGAAGUUCCUCUAUAUCAACUUCCACUACAAUAGCACGGAGAAGACACUGACUGUCAAGCCUGACUCGCUGCGAAACACAUUUGGUUCUAACAAGCCCAACCCAGGUGGCUCUCAGGGCUUCAGCACUGGAGCUUUUGUUGGGUUUGGAAUUGGAAUGUUGUUAGUUGGAACUGUGCUUGGUGUGGGCAUCUUGCUGUUCAUCUUCAAGAAGAAGGACCUUUCUAUCCCUUACAAUGUCCAGUCUUAGACUCCAUCUUGUUAUGGCCAUUGGCUUUGUGUACCUUCAGGGUAGUCCUUCGGUGUCCAGGUCCAAUUUUUUUCUAUCCAGUGAUGCCUACAAAGGUUUGUGAUAAUUUCCAUUGGGGUGUCCACAGUUGGUUCUUAUAACUGAAUCUGUGACUUUUAAUUAAAGUUGUCUGCAAGAACUCCUAUUCUGUGUCUUUGCCUUUUUUCAAGCUAUUGUGUUUGUUCUCCGUCUACAUAUUAGUCUCCACUGUUUCCAUUUCAAAAAUCACUCUGCUGCCGUUGAAAGGAAUGAAGCAAUAAGAAUAUAAUAAAUAUGAAGCUAUAAUUGUUUUCAACCAAAUUAUAUUGUGUUAUAUGAUCCACUGUCUUGAAAUGAGUAAAAAUAAGUAGAAUUAGUAUGGGGUCGUUUUGGUUCUUUUUUAAUGCUUAACAUCUCUACAUGGCAUCUUUCAGAUAAAAAUCUCAAAAGCUUUUUUGAAACCUCUUUGGAGAGGUGUACAUAUACUUUUUCUACUGUGUAAAUACAUGUAUCUUAUGUUGAAAGAAUAAUGAUAACCUGUUUCAACCAGAAUACAUUAAAUCAUGCUAUACAACACAUUCUCAUGGAAUACGAGCAGAGAUAUAAUUAGUAUGGGAGAAUUUGACAUAAAACAAGUUUAAGUGUUAAAAUUGAAAUGGGGCAGAAACCACUGAUGCAUUUACUCUGGAACAUGUUUCACUCAUUUAUCAAUUAUGAAGUGCUAAACUUAAUGUAUUGCUACGUGAUCUUGUUUAACUGGGAUUUUUUUUUAUCUUACAGGUACUGUAAAUUUGUGUUGAGGUAUUUAGGGAUUUAUAAGCUUUGCAGGCAAUUUAUACAGAUGCUUUCAGUAAGUCAUGUAAACUUUUUAUUCCUUUUUAUCUGCACUGAAAAUGAAUAAAAUAUUCAUGAGUAGGUAUUGGAUGUAAAGAGCCAAAUUUUUAUAGUCAUCAAAAGAGACACUAUUAAAAUAAAAACCACAAAUAUUUAACAAUUUUAUCCUUACAAUUUUAAUUGAACUUCUUUCAUAUACUGUAGUUAACAUCCAUGAAGGGAACAAUGUGUUUCCAAGUUAAAAAAUGCUUUACAGAACAUUCAUUGUAAUUUUGUGAUGGGACUUUUGUUAACACCCAAAGUUUCCUUAUGUUUAGAUAAAUGUAUCAAUUGUGGAGACUUA